CACCUUGCUGUGAUGACUGGCUGAUGCUCGACUGCACAAAUGUGUUGUGACACGGUGCUUCCUCUGUGGUUCCCAAAGGGUGGGGAACAAAAUGGACUUACUGCACGUCUGAUGAGCAGGUCUGUCUGCGGACGAUGCUUAUUGCUUAAGCACCACAAGCAAACAGAUACCUUCCAAGGUCAAUCCUGUCGCGUUGCUUAGCUCACUGCCAGCCCAGACACUUUCCAUCACCUAUUCCUGCUCCAAAGUUGUUUUACGUAUUAGUUUUUGCUUUCACAGCAGGCACAUAUAAGAUAAUCAUCCGUCUGGGCUCACUUUGCUGACUGUAUCUCAUUCUUUGCUUGGUCUGUGCUGCGUCAUACAGCUUGCAAAAUCUGUAUGGAAAUAUGAAAAUGUGUGUGUAGGCGUUCAAUAUAUGUAAUAUGUAUGGGUGCAUGUGUCAGAGUUAGCUAUUUGGUGGUUACUUUUUGAGUCAGUCCUUUGUGUGUAUGAGGGGGAGGGUUGUGCACAGGCCAGCUUGACUUUGGAUUUUAUCACACAAGGCACUGAUAAGAGAAGAAAAGCUGAGUGUUUUUUUUCUCUCUCACUUCACCAUCCCUGUUUCACUCUCCCAGCCCACUUUCUGUCUCUCACCUUGGAAAGCUGUGGAGAGGAAGGAAAAUGUGCAGAGGUCAGGGAGGGAGUGUUGUAAUAGGUUUGGUGUGAGUUUAAUGAACCAUACCCAUGUACGUAAUAGACAUGUGGAUGAGAUCUCACAAUGUGACCUAACACAAAGCAUGGUCAGUCUGUCAAUGUAAUAUCAGGAAUCUUCAGUUCAGUACUUUUGUUGCCAGUGACGAAUAAGGCUGACAGUGACUUAUCACUAACCCUUGACAUAGGUGUGAUCAGUUGAAAUAGUCUAGAAAUAGUUUCAGAAUUACUCAUCAAGGGCUAUCAAAGGGAGGCUUAGGGAGUCAAGAAAAACAUAAAAGUGGAGAAAUUACAGUGUGAAAGAAUGAAAAGGUCCUUACUAGUUGCCCUCUCUCUAUUCAAGCUGUCAAUGUUUUGAAGAGGGAAAUAGGUUUAGUAUCUGGCUGGGAAAAGCUUUGUUGGUCCUUACAAGGGGAAAGUGAUAUGUGGGUGUGUGCUUUCAGGUUAAUGACUAAUGGAGUGCACUGAGAACAAAGUCCACACAAGCAGUCAAGAGCCAGAAACUAUGUGUUACUGCCGAUAAAUCUGUGUCCCUGUGUGUUAGACAAGACGCUUUGACAACGUUUUGAAAUUCCAGGGUUGUAUCUUAAUGAGUGUCUAGGUAUUCUUCCUGAAUUUCCUAACUUGAGGGAAGUUUUAAACUGGCUUUUGAUUGCAUUGUAGCGGUCUUUUUUUUUUCUCUCUGCGACCCUCAACCUGCCAUUCAUGAGCACACCAUCUUCAGGUCGGAUGACCCCAGUGGACUAUGGUGUCCAGAUCCGCUUCAUCAAUGAACUCAACGACACUGGCGGGGGGCAGCCAGGGCCCCAGCCCAAGACCAAGUCCCAGACCACCUCCAAGUACGGUGUGGCGGUCAGGGUGCAAGGUAUUGCUGGCCAGCCAUACGUCGUCCUGAAGGACGGAGAGAAAGGAGACUCGUAUGGUGUCCAGCUCAGGACAUCCUCUGGUUACAAUAGCCUUCCCCGGAGGAGAGAGAAGGCAGAGCCCGGAACACAAGGGGCAGAUGUAGAUGGCGGGCAGGGAGGGGCACUACGCCGGGCCCAGUCCCAUGGAUCGCUGCUGGAUAGGGACGGAGAGGGAGGGCCAGGCGAUGAGGAUUUUCAGCUGUCUAGGCCACCAGGGGAUGGAAAGUCUGGUAGUUAUGGGAAUCUGGAUGGAGGAAUUGGGGUAAGUAGGGAGAGAGAGCAGGUUCGGCAUAUCGGUGGUAGAGAGGGUGGCGUGGAAAGGAAUAUGUGGGAUGGUUCGUACAAAGCAGGGCUCAACCGGUCAAUGGGGUCAGUGAGAAGCAGUGAGUCCUACCCUGACCCUCCCCAACAAACAACUCAGAGACAUACUCCUGUCAACAGACUCAUAAACAGGUUUGAUGCUGGUAACACUGGUGGCCAACAGAGAGGACUCCCUCCUGAACAACAAGAUCCCAGAGCUACAGCUCCUCUCCUCACCCCCAACCCCUACACCUCACCUCCGUCCUCAACUCACAGCAGCCUGGGACGCAGCCAGGCCGCUGUCACCAAAUUUCCCGCACACUCCACUAACCAGUGGACUUCCCCAGGGAGAUAUGCCGCUGCAGAGACACCACACGCCAGUCUGACUGAGGCACAAGUGACUCCUGACCUUUUGCUGGACCAGGGUCAGAGUGCAGAGACGACCAUUGAGGAGGAGCAGAUCAUGCAGACUAUACACAACAUCCUGAGACAAGGGACCAACGAAAGUGAUGUUGUCAUCAAGCACAAAGCCAAGGUCAUCUUUCAGAAGGUUCAGAAUCUAAAGCCCAAAGAGAGACCUCAGGAAGAGUGGAUGAGAGAAAAGUGGGAGCUUGAAAGUAGGAUUGCUGAACUACAAACUGCCCUGCAGGCAGAAAGAAGGAACUCUGUUAGCAAUUCUGAUCCUGCUCUGAAAGCUGAGCUGGAGUCCUGUCUGGAUGAAAAUCUGCAGCUCCGGGAGAUGCUGGACCGGAAGAAGAAAGAAUUAAAUGAAACACAAUCAGAGCUGACUCAGCUGCGUAUGGACAGGGAGAACGCAGAGGCUCGGGUCAGAGGAAUGGAGGACCAGGUGGCUGAGCUUCAGGAUGAACUGAGAAGAGAGAAUGGCAACAAGACGGACCUGAUGUCUUGUCAGGCACAGCUGAUGGAGGUGUGCCAGCUGAAACAGAAGCUGGAGGAGACACUGAGACAGAGAGAACGGGAGCUAACAGCUCUCAAAGGAGCUCUGAAGGAAGAGGUGGCCACACAUGACAAAGAGAUCGAGGUGCUCCGAGAGCAGUACAGCGCUGACAUGGAGAAGCUCCGCAGUAGCAUGGAGCAGGUGUCUCAGUCUCACGCAGGGAUCGAGACAGAGCGCUUGCGUGUGAAUGCGUCAGUUCGCUCCCUGCAGCAGCAGUUGGAAGACUGUAGAGACGAGAGCAGCCACUGGAUGGAGCAGUUUCACGCCACCAGAGACGAACUUCGAACAACCAAACAAGAAGAGCCACCCAGCAGUCCUGAAACACCACUCCUGCAAACCCGUCUGGAAAAAGAGGAGUCUGAGGAGGAGCUAAAGGAGCUCCAGGAGAAAGUAAGCACCAUGAAACAACAGAUACCAGACCCUGGCCACACACAGACUCUCCAGCAGGAACUUCAGCGGUGCAGUACUGAGCUCCAGAAGGCCAAGUCUGAGGUGGAAAAGCAGAUGGCAAUGUGUGACAAGAAGGUCAUGGAGGUCAUCUCCAUCAAGAAAUCUCACCAGGACCAGGAGGCAGAACUCAAGUAUGAGAUUGACAGGCUGAAGGACCAAUUACAGAGGGCCAGAGAGGAUGUUGCCAAGGCACAGGAGAAAAACAAACGGCUCCCAGACCCAGCCAUCAUCUCAGCUCUGGAGGAGAAGCUUGGAGAGACACAGGAUGAAGCUAACCAGCUCAAAGAGAAACUCUCAUUAGCUGAGGAGGAAGUGGAGGCCAGUAAAACACGCCUCAGUAGCGCUCAGAUGGACGUUAAAUCGCUCCAAGAUGCCCAGCAGGAGCAGGAGGAGGCCAACACACGUCUCAAAGAGAAACUCUCACGGUUAGAGGCUCAGCUGCAGGUCAACGCCACAGAGAGCUCCGAGGCAGAGAUCGCCCUCCACACUGAGGUGAGAAGGUUGAGAUCUGAGCUCGAUGAGGCCAAGAGAAAAGCCUCCAGACUGAGCCAGGAGCAACGUGAACUUAUCCUGCGGGUGGAGGAUACGGAGAAAGACAAGGAGACACUCAAACAGACCUUCAACCAGCUGGAGGAGACCAAACAACAGCAGGAAAGAGCUCUGGAGAAACUCAACAAAGAGUAUGAGUCUCUGACCAUGGCCUCAAGAGAGGAGGCGCAGACUCUCCGAGUUCAGCUGGAGGAACAGAGAGAGAGGGCACGCAAGGAAAUGCAGGAGGCGCAACGUCACGGAAACGACGCUCAGGGUGAACUCGAAAAAAGCCAUAUAAAUCUAAGGAGACUGGAGGAAGAGAUGUCACGACAGAAGAAGGAGCUCCUGCUUGUAUGUGAGGAGAGAGACAACCACCAGCUGGAUAAAGAGCUUCUGACCAACAGACUGCGCCACCUUGAGGGAGAGAUAGAGGCCAACAAAAACGGCCACAAUGAGAAAACCAGGGAAAUUCGCAUCCUGGAGGACAAGCUGAAGCGCGUGGAGUUGGAGCUGGAGGAGGAGAGAAGCAGCGUGGAGAUGCUGACCGACCGCGUGGCCAGGAGCAGAGACCAGAUCGAUCAGCUCCGCUCUGAGCUCAUGCAGGAGCGAUCCUCCAAACAGGACCUGGAGCUGGACAAGAACGCCAUGGAGAGACAUCUGAAGGAGCUGAGGAGUCGUGUGGCCGAUAUGGAGGGCCAGUCUCGCUCCUCAGCAGGAGUCUCCCAGCUGGAGAACAAGAUCCAGGAGCUGGAAGAACGCCUACGGACUGAGGAAAGGGAGAAGAACUCUGUGUUUGCGUCUCAACGACGUCUGGAGAGGAAACUAAAAGAUCUCAACAUGACGCUGGAUGAGGAGAAACAAACACACACUGAACAGAGAGACCAGCUCGCUCUGAGAGUCAAAGCUCUAAAGAGGCAGGUGGAUGAAGGAGAGACCGAGCUGGAAAGGAUAGAUGGGCUGAGGAGAAAGGCCCAGAGAGACAUGGAGGAACAGAUGGAGCUCAAAGAGGCCUUGCAGACCAGAGUCACAGCACUGGAAACUGAGCUCAAGAGAAAAACGCAGGCAGCAAUGCGCCCAGCUUUGGAUGCAUCAGCCCUCAGUUCAGAUGACGACGACGACAGCCUGUAUGACUCCUCCACCAUCACCUCUAUCCUCACUGAGAGCAACCUCCAGACCAGCUCCUGUUAAAACAGCACUUCAGGGACAGGGUUAGGGGUGGGGUGGGGGGGACGUAGUACUGUUAAGGGAAAGAAAAUGGAGGAAAGUGUAGGUUAGAUGCUUUGUAGACUAGGAGUAAAGUAAAGUCAAAAGGUAGAAUUGUAUUAUACCACAGACAAUGAGGGAGGGGUGCAAGGACCUGGGAGUUAAAUUACAUAUUGUAGAGGUUAGUAGGGGAAGGAUUUUCCUCACCAGAGUGAAUUGAAGGAAACAAAACAUCCUCUGCAUUUCAGGGUAUUUCUACACAGAUGUACCCCAAGGUACAGUUGGAAGUGCAAAAGCUCACUACCCCACAAAACCAGUAUCUGGAUUGUGAGAAGAUAAAUGAGACUAGAAGCACAUAGAAAUAUAAUUUAAAAAACAUGUCAGUAUUCAGUAUGUCAAACCAUUUCAGGGUUGAGAUUCUGGGUCGAGCACUUAACGGUACCAAGUCUGGCUUUGACUGAAAAAAUCAGAUAUCUUCUCAUCAUCUCUUAUAGUAGACAGUUUACCUUGGUUGACUUCAGUUUUCUCUGUAGCACAGCUGUCAACUGACUGAACUCAUAAAUUCGGUAUCCCAGCAUGCACAAAUAUUGAGUAGAACUACUGGCAAACAUGGACCAAACACUGACGUUGAGUGCAUUCAUGGUUGCCAAAAGAGUAACUAUAUGCAAUAUAACACUAUAAUUCUCAUGCUGGUUUUCUGAAAGUUGAUUUUCCUAACCAAAUGGUUUACCUAACGCAAAUUAUUCGUAUUGAAUGAAAUCUGAAAUUUGUUUACAUAAAAAAAUAUAUUUUCACGUGUUUUUGGAAUAUAAAUAUAUGUCACUUCUGUGUUUAUGUUACCGUCCAGUCUUUAAUGUCACACGGUACACAUUCUAGGAAUUCAGAAUUAUAAAAUAUGACACUACUUGCAUCUGAAAUGGAUUCUCUUGUACAGGGAUACAAUAUUAAAUAUGUGAUGGUAACCUCAUGUUGGUGUGAAGGUUUAGAUUAGUUUUGUCUUUAUUCACUGUAUCUGAAGCUGUUGCCUGGUAGAUGUGCAACACAAUUGUUGUGGUUUAUAACUGUCAGAAUAUCACAUAUUCUCAUACUGUAUACAAGUGGUUUUCCACUUAAUGGCCAAAAUAUCUUUCUGUCCAAUAAAAACUUUACAAGUGUGAACCUGCACAAUUUCUAUGCAUUGCCUUCUAGUAAGUCACUUAAAUAUAUUCUUGUCAUUUCAUUAAAAUGCCUUAAAUUGUUACAAAAUAAUUUUGUAAUUGUAAUUCUUAUCAGAAUGUUUUUGUAAAAUGUUUGUAUUGUAGAUUUUUUUUGUGUCGUAAGUUGAUUUUUGUAUACAGUUUAAACAAUCAGUUGGAGCAAUAAUAACUACAUUUUGCUGCAAUGUUUCUCUCUAUCUUUUCAGUGAAACUGGAAAAUGGUACUUAAUAUGAUUUGUUAGACAGCUGAGUAUAAAGCUGUUGAACUAAAAGAUGCUGGUUUAUACAUUACUGUAACUGUUGACUGGAAAACAUUCGCACUGUGACUGUACUUCACGUGAUUGAGAAUUUUUCUAUUGCAUAUACAUUUAUCAACAAUAAAAGUUAAACAAUUU